AGCUACCCGAUUUCCCGUGUUCACCCCCGUGGGUUCAACUGCUGUACUUGCACUGCGUAAUCGAGGAGCGUACCUCGUCACAGGUGUUGGAGAAUCUCCGCAGUUGCUCUCGUGAGGUACAACACUCGGCUUCCGUUUGAUCGGCGCUGUCGGCUCAGCAUCAAGGAUCGCAUUACCUACCAUGAGUUCCGAGUCAACAGACAACCUAAACUCCUACGAGAAGAUGCAAGAAAUCGCAGAUUUCAUUCUGGGACAGACAGAGAUCCGACCGAGGAUCGGUAUAAUAUGUGGUUCAGGUUUGAGUGGAAUCGGGGAUCUUUUAUCCGAGAAGCGAACGAUCCCUUACACGGAAAUUCCCCAUUUCCCAAAAUGCAAGGUCAGUGGUCAUCGUGGUGAACUUUCGCUUGGACUUCUCGAAGGAGUGCCAGUGGUCUGCUUCCAAGGCAGGUGCCAUUACUAUGAAGGCUUCGGCAUGUCCGAGGUGGUGCUCGCAACUAGAAUCAUGAAAUUGCUGGGGGCUAAAAUCAUGAUCGUGACAAACGCAGCUGGAGGCCUGAACCCGAGCAUGAAAGUGGGUGACAUGAUGAUCAUCAAGGACCACUUGAACUUUUUGGGGUUGUCCGGAAUCUCUCCACUUCGCGGCAGCAACGAAGAUCGGUUGGGUCCAAGAUUUCCGUCCCUGACGGAUUUGUAUGACGGCGGAAUCCGCCAGAUCGCCAGAGCUGUCGCCGUUUCCAUGAAUAUUCAGCAUGAGGUUCACGAAGGUAUUUUAGCCGCUCUGGGUGGUCCGAGUUACGAGACCGUCGCCGAAUUGAAGUUUCUUCGGUUGGCUGGCGUGGACGCCGUUGGGAUGAGCACGGUGCACGAAGCGAUUGCUGCUCGUCACUGCGGAAUGCUCGUGUUCGGCUGCAGUCUCAUCACCAAUGAAUGCAUCGUGGAGUACGGGACGAAUAGAGAACCUAAUCACGAAGAAGUGAUCGAAGCAAGCAAAAACGGUGCCAAUAAAUUUGCGACGUUCAUCUCGAAACUUGUCAGCGGUCUUCGGCAGCAAGAUACAAUUGCCUGAACUCAGCAGUUCCUCGCUUCGGGCUUGCCUAAAAUUGUAGGAUAAAAAUCUCUGACAGCUGCGCGUCUUCGUGGUUACAGUACACUUCUGGUAGAAAUGUGCGCGUUGUCAAUUUCGGUAUUUCGUUACGGCGGAAAAAAAAAAGUUUCUAUUUGAUGCCUGAAAGGCGAAACGGAUUCUCUGCUGAUGGCCGGGUUGAGGGCUGUAUGCUACUCGUUCAGGGACAAAAAUGCUGAAAUUUUCAAAAACGCAGUUUGUUCAUGAAUAUCUUACACUUGAUCUUAAACCUCAUGAUUAUUUUAUGAAUAAAACUGGAAUAAAGCGUGUCAGCAGAUUUCAACGAUAGAACGUUGGGAAAUGGGAGACGAUCGCUGAAUGUGUCGCAGAAGGGACGUACUGUACUUGUAGAAUAUUGUAUUUGCGCGUGUUUUUUUCCUUGUUUCAAAGAAAUGAUGGAUUUUGACCUUGAUGUACCGUGGUCGCAUCGCACCGUUAAGUACCUUUGCUGCAUUUUUAAUGCGCUCUGAACGGAAUUAUCGGAGUGUUUGUCUCGCUGCAUGAAGAUUGAUUUCCUUGUAUACGCGCGGAAAGAGACCAAGUACUGUACUACUGUAAACAAACAUUGUACCCUAGGUAGCAGAUGUCACAUUUACUCGAACUCGGGGAACUGCGUCCGCAAAAAAUUUGUCAUUCUACGUUUAAAACCAUGUAAAAUUGUUCACAGUAUUCCAGAUAUAAAUGCUUCAAUAUAAUUCCCUG